GUUUUUAGUAAUAAAAUGCUAAAAACCGAUGUUGUUAAGCAGAAUCUGAAUGAAGAAACAUCGUAAGAUAUUGUUAGGAGCACACAGUAGGCAGAAUCAGUGGGACCCAGCUGGCAUGAUUUGUCUAGACCUGCUGAUUCGAUCAGGAGUCUCCCACAUUUUCAUGCAUUCUUUCUCUGUGUCCCAAAUUUUCAGAAAACCAAAAAAGAUAUAUACCGUAUACUGUACUGUAGUACCAGACAAUGGGAACGUUUUUAGGCCAUGUAGCCCCAGGCUCCUUCUUUAUUUGUUUUGCUAUUUGGUGGAUCAUCCAACUGUCAUACCAUGAAAAUGGUGCAGUGCAUCGUAAGAAGAGUGCCCUCAUGCGUCUACUCAGCAGACUUCCCAUUGAAGCCAUUGUUAUUAUCAUCUUUGCCAUCGCAGGAGUAAUUGGAGAAAUGUCAUACCCAUCCCCAAAAUGGACUCUCGUAGGAGCAGAUGGUGAAUUUCAGUACUCAGUUGAGUGGCAGCAUUGCACGAUGUAUACAUAUUUUGGCUUGUAUGGAAUGAUUAUGGCACUAUCAAAAACGGCAUUACCGUCAGUCAAAAGGUAUGAGAAGAUUUUCGGUGCUAUUGCCUUUGCUGUAGAAGGGAUGAUAUUCUAUUUUCACGUUCAUCAUCGAAGUGAACUUGAUGUGCAUCUUCACAUCAUGUUGGUAAUCGCUAUCUUUGGAUGUUUCUGUGGUGUUCUCGGAGAAGCGUGGGGUAGUGAUGAGAAAUUUUUUAAAAUCAUGCGAAUAACAUGUACAAUGCUGCAAGGCACAUGGUUCUGGAUGAUAGCCAUCGUCUUAUACAACCCACCUUCAGGUGAACCUUGGUCUCGGGAAGACCAUAAAAACGUCAUGUUUAUAACUGUAGCUUUCACGUGGCAUCUUCUAAUGGAUAUGUUUUUUCUCACAGUCGUUUAUUGCAUUGUAGCAUUUGUACUUCGCUUCUUUUCUUAUGAAAGAAAAUAUGCAUUGGUGGGCCAGUCAAAUCAUAAUGACAUUUCUCUGGCACUAAUCAAGAAUGAUAAUCAUACUGAUGAAUGUUUUGAUAGUGAAUAAAUCUGGUUUGUUAAAGAGUGUAAUUUUAUUAUCAAAUGCCAACUCCUAAAAUAAGAUUUUGUUAGAUAAUUAAUGAUAUCUUAUGAAUUUCACUAUUGAAUGUAGCUUUCAAAUUCAAAAAUACUUUAUUAUCCAAAAGUAAAUUCAUUUUGCCAUGGCAUAAUACUUACUACAGUAAUCAAAGGUAAAACCAGUAUUUAGAUGUACAGUACCUUCUACACAUGUCUUUAAUUGUUAGCGUAUUGUAAACUUGAUAGAUUAUUGGUGUAUUUCUGGAUAUGUGUGCACACUUCUGGUUAAAUGGGCUUUCUUUGUUUAUGAAUUGUGACUUAUUUGACCUGCAAUUGAUCAGAGCUUAGCAUGGCAUUGUUUUGUACCUUUUUUCAUGCUUGUCCCUUCCCUGUUUAGUUUAUGGGCUCCUCAUAUGUACAUUUUUGUACUGUAUCAAAUAUUUUCAAUUUUAAUUCAAUAUUAUUAACUUUUGUCUGUAUUGUUUUAUACAAAUGAUGCUAGUUUUGUUCGUUGGUGGCGCUCUUCAUAAGUAAUCAAUAGAGUUCCUCUAUAGAUAGAGUUGCAACAUGAGCGGUUCAGGUCUUACUGUAGAUUACUAGAUGCCCUCAGUCUGUCAUAUUGGGGCCAACAUCUGAAGACAGUGGUGCAUGUAACCAACAAAAAUAAGAUAUGUUUUGAGGCUAAAUUCUUGACCUCAUGUUAUUUAAAAUUCAUAACUACAUAACGAAGGGCCGUAUCACAUUAUUUUUUCAGGAAAAUGUUGUUAAGGCUAUUCUACACCACUAUGAUUGGAAAAAAUUAACAACAUUCUUCAACCUCUAAAUUCAAGAUGGGUAAAGAAGAGCCUAAGUAGUGUAUUAAAAUAGGCCUCAGUACAGACGUAGUACUACACGUUAGUACUACUAGACUACUAGCUAAUACUAUUUCAGCUACCGUAUGACUUUCUCUUAUUAUACUAUAGUUAUUUUGGAGAUACCCUUGGACUGGCACCCUAGCUAGAGGCUUGCCACAAAUACCCAUUUACUUACGAAUUUCAGUUGUCCUGUGCAUAAGUAAGAGGCCUAGGCCUAGUCGCCUACUAUUUUUAGAACAAACCUAAAUGAACGCGAUGCUGUAUGCCUAGCUAAGGCGUUACACUAUUUUAGUCAAGCAAAAACUACGUUUAAUAUAAUAAUUAUUAAUAGCCUAUUGAGAAUCAAUUUCUUUUUGAAUUUAUUUAUGCAAUCGUCACACUGUAGCAUAGGCAUUACGUUUGUUCAUAAUAAUAAUAAUUUGCAAUUUGUAUAGCGCUUCCCGUUGGACCAACCUUGAGGCGCUUGACAACAACGGAAGGAAACGGACAAGAAAAAAAAAAACAUGCAUACAAUGGCCCCCAAUAUGACACCACAAGUGGCUCAUGUUGCAACUUUCUUUCAAAUUAUAGGACCUCUAGUAAUCAAAGUAUAAUUAUUGUAACUUAUGACCUUGAAUGUCAUGUGACAAGAAAAGGUGAUUUCAAAGCAUUUUAUCUUUAGUUUAAGCAUGUGUACAAUGGUACACAGUGUAUGCAUUUAAUACUCUGUUGUAAUUUACUGUGUCAAUUAAUUGUUGAUUGAUGAGUUAGAUGUGAAGGGAUAUGAUUCUAUAGAUUUAAUAUAUUCCCUAGUAACCUGUACGGUAAAUCAGUUGCAUUAAUGUAGAAUGGUCAGCCUAUUGAGUCAAUUUAAAUUUAUAUCAUAGUGCUCUAUACUAUAAUAAUAGUUUUUAACGUACAGUAUUUUCCUCUAAAAACUAAACAUAAAUUUUAAAUUUUGAAAUAUUUUCCUUGAGAAAUUGGUUGGCAAAAUAUUUUUAAAUGCUCAAUGGGAGAAUUUGCUUUUCAGCAAUACAGGUAUUUUUGACUGUCUUAUUUUUUAUACUCAGAAUAGUUUACUGUACAUGUAAAGCCAGGCACUCACUGCGUUCUUCAUAGAAUCUUGUCGGCUGAAGACCUUCGGGUGCAGUGAAUCCCAGGCUUAAGGGAUGGGGAGGGGGGAGAGAAGGUUGCUGUGGGCUGUCUUAUUUUAUGUUGCAAUGGAAGAGAUUUACAGGAACAAGAGCACAACCAAAAAAAAAGACAUUGACUUUUGUAGCCUCUCAAUAUUUAGAAUCUUACUUGUUGAAUACAGUUCAGAUUAUAGUACUUUAGGGGUGUAUGUGUGUACAGUAGGUAUUAAUUGUGUGUUUAGAUUGUGUGUAUGUGUUUGUAGGGGGAAUUAUUACAUGCAGUACAGAUGCAAGUGGGUAAAAGGAAAUACUGGUUUUUGAAAAAGAAAUAUUUUUGCAUAAUACAGGUACUGUAUGCUAUAGAAAAUCAUUCCACAAACUUGUAGAACAACGUUGGCCUUCAGAAAGAUCGCAAUCCACUGACCCCCACACAUCCACACAUUCUUAAUUCAUUCUUAAAUGGUGCCCUAGUGCACCAUUUUGGGACUGGGAUUUUAAAUUUAGAUUUAAAAUAAAUGAACAAUGCAAAACAAUAGUAAAUAUUACGACAAAAUUAUAAUGAACAUUGAAGAUUGUAGCCACAUUGUACUUUCUUGGAUCAUUGCAAAUGUACAACAAACUAUGCAGAUUGAUGACUUUAUCACCCCCCCCCCCCAGUUCUGUGGCAGAUCCAGCAGUGGGUGAAAAAUUUUCUAUUGAUUGAUGACGAACACAAUGCUAUAUCCCCGACGGCGAUUUUCUCUGACAACUUCAUAAAUCAGGAUGUAAAAAAGGCCAAAAAAGAAAGACACCUAAAAACUGAGUUUUUUUAGCCAGAUUGUAGUACCCCAGCUAUAGAACAGCUAUCCAUGCUCAGUGGCGUAACGCCUAUGCGCUCUUGUGUGGCGGUCCGCAUGGCCAUCGGCCCUUAGGGGCCCCUUUAGUACCCCUACCCAUGAGGGUCCAGUAGGGUCCUCGCUCUAUAGCAAACUGAUUGCCAAUGCCUUUGACAUAACAGCAUAAUGUGUCUCUGACAUCGUGGCAUACAGUGCCAGUGGGGUGGGGUGCGCAGCCGGCCAGCCAGUGCCACCCUACAUUUGUCAAAAUAAAAACAAAUUGAGAAAAAAUAUUCAAAUUUUAAGUCUGAAUGAGUGCCAUUUCCGGGCAUCUAGAUGUGCCAUAAUCAUAAUUUGCUUUGCGACUCCCCAGUAUAUAGAAAAGCCUAUAGGUUCUUGAUUAGACCUUUGUGACGCCCAUGAGAAGAAGGGUGUCUAAGGGAGGGGGAACAUAGCUCUUGUCGGGAGGAAGUCAUUUGUCGAGGAACACUGCUUUGAAAAAGCAUUUUUACCAUCUGAGAGUGUCAUUUCCGAGUGUCUAGAGGGUCCUAUUCUUAAAAUUUGCUCCAAAGGCCCUGGAUCCUUAGGAGGCACCUUCGGUUCCUCUAUAGGUAGUGUCCGGUAGGGCCCUUACUCUAUUGCACCCUGAUCCAAAAGGGCUUUGUUGAUACAUAACAGCGUAAUGUGUCACUGACAUCGACUGGACAUACAGUAUAUCAUAUUAGUCCAGUGGGUUUGGGUUGCCCAGCUGGCUCAGGACCCGCCUACAUUUGUAAACAUUUUUUUGAAAAUGGAGAUAAAAUAUUCAAAUUUGAAGUCUGAAUGAAUGCCAUUUCUGGGUAUCUAGAGGCAAAGAGUAUAAAACUGCAAGAGGUCCAACUGCCGGGGAUUCAUUGGAAUGCAAAAAGUACUUCCACGAAGGGGCGUGGUCAAAGGUUCAAGCAACGCAGACGCGUUUCUAAAUUAUGUGUAGGCGCCCCCUAUUUUGUGGCAGUAAUUUUAGCGUUCCAUUACCUGCAUACCUUGCUGCAUACAAAAUCAGGGCAGUCAGACCUCUUGCAGUUAAAAUUAUACUCUUUGCUAGAGGUACCAUAAUCAUAAUUUGCUUUGCGACUCCCAGGCUAAAGGUCCUUGAUUAAACCUUUGCGACGCCCGUGACGGGAGGGGUGUCUAAGGGAGGGGGAGCAUAGCUCCCUUAGGGAGGAAGUCAAUAAUUUUUUCGAGGAACACUGCCUUGAAAAACCAUUUUUACCAUAUGAGAGUGCCAUUUCCGAGCAUCUUGAGGGGCCUAUUCUUAAAAUUUGCUCACCUCAGCCCCAACCAUGGUGUGGCUGGGGUGGGUAUGGAUACUUAUCAGCCCCCCCCCCCCAAAUGAGAAAGUGGAUACGCUCUUGUCAUUCAUCAACAGAAUUGAGCUAGCUGAUUUUGGUGAUUUCUGUCAAGGGUUUGCGACCAACCAGAAUAUUUUGGUCACAACCCACAGUUUGCGGAAUGUUACUCUAAAACAUCAGCUCUGAAAAUAAACACCACUAGAACCGCUUUUGAAGCAUCUGAAUGUGUACUAGAGACCACUGGAUAGGUGUGAGUUUGGUAGGUGUGUUAGAUGGUUGUUGUUGUUAUGUCUAUAGAUGAUGUGUGUUUUGAUAAGUUUUGCUAUAACCUUGUUGAUUGUUUUGUAUAUUUAGACUAUAACCAUUAUAGUAUAUAAUAUUAUAUAAUGGAAAAAUGUAAUCUAUUACUAUAGUUACCUAAUGUACAUCUUUUAUAUUUCGACAUACAAGGUAGUAUGAGCAAAUGAAUGAUCACAAUGCAUUA